CGCGAUAUUUGAGGGUAACGCUGCUGCGUGCAAGGUCAGAACCAGAUCAGAGCUGAGCAGCUUCUUUCUGGAGAACACCGGCUUCUCCCCGUCACAUAAACCGACUUAUUACAAACUUUAAAUCCGUGCGUGUGUCCAGUAAUGGCCAGAGGAAGCCGAAGCCGCACCUCAGCUCCGGCCAGCCCGGCGCCGUCCCACGCCCCGGCCCCCGCUCACCCACCUCCGUCCUCCCUGGCCCCGGCCCCGGCUCAGUCCCAGGGCCCAGGCCUCAUGGCCCAGAUGGCCACCACGGCCGCUGGCGUCGCGGUGGGUUCGGCCGUGGGCCACGUGGUCGGCAGCGCCCUGACGGGGGCAUUCGGCGGGGGGAGCAGCAGCAGCAGCAGCAGCAGUCCGGAGCCAGCCAAGCCUGCUCACCAGGAGCCCCCCAGGUCGGCCCCCUACCAGCCAGGCCCUUGUCAUUUUGAGGUCAAACAGUUCCUGGACUGUGCCACCAACCAGUCGGACCUGACCCUGUGCGAGGGCUUCAACGAGGCUCUCAAACAGUGCAAGUACUCUCACGGCGUGACGUCGCUGUUGUGAUUCGAAGGAUUGACGCCAGCUGUUCUGGACGCUCCGGGCGGUCGUGAAGUCCGCACGUGAACGCUGUACCUCAGGAUGUGAGCAUGUUGUUGGGUUUGUGUGAGAUGUGUGACUGUAUCCAUGGUAACGUACAGCGCUGAACCUUUUAAUAAACAAAGCUGCUAUGUA